AUGACUCUCCUUACAAGCAGAUCCGUGGCAUCAAAGUGCCUGAAGUGCUCAACAUUUCUUGCUGGAAAAUGUGCAGGAACCAUGGCCUCCAAACGGCGCAUGGCAACCGAGGCCGUUUCUUUCAAUAGAAAGGAUAAGAAGGAGGGCGAUAUCUCCUCUGUUUUCACGUCCUUCUCUGGUCGGAAAGCCGAACCCCUGCCCGAACGGUUCCGAGACCUCAAGGCGAACCUCACCGCUGGAUUUGAAGAGCAAAUUCAGAAAUCUUGGGAUCAUCUGGUUGAGGUUCUCAAAGUCCGGACUGAGGAAGUUGCGAAAAAGCGCGAAUCUAUUAUUCCUCAGAUCCAAUUCUCUGACAUUCAGACUAACAAUGUCUCCUCGGCAAGCAUUGAUGCUGUUCGAAGAACCGGCGUUGCUGUCAUCAGGGGGGUUGUGCCCAAGGACACGACUGAAGCACUUCUCAGCGACGUCCGCAAGUAUUUUUCCAAGCACGCGUUCAAGGGUUUUCCAUCAGAUGCCGACCAAAAAGUCGUUUACGAGUCGUACUGGAGCCCAUCCCAGGUCAAGGCGAGGUCGCAUCCAAACAUGCUGGCCACACAAUCGUGGAUGAAUCAGUUUUACCACGCCGAUGCAGAUCAGAAAAGCUAG